UGCCGGGAAAGAGAGUCUUCUCCUGAUACGGGCUGUAUUGUCGGCGCUGGUUCAAAGACUUCGCUUCCCGUGAGGCACUCGUGUCCGCGCAUGCGUGCACCUCCCUGAGGCGGCUGUGUGAGGCGAGGAGCAGCCGGCGUCGCGGGAGUGGGCUUGAGGAGAGAGAGCGAUGAUGUCGGUGCGAGUGGCAGCGCCGCCGGCUGUGGAGCUGAAGGAACUCGGAGGAGGAGGCGGAGGAGGGGGAAGCGGGCCUUGCGCGGCCUCGGCUCCGGCAGCCCCUUCCUCCGAGGCGCCGGCCCCGCUCCCGGCCCCCAAGGCGCCCCAGGCCUCGGCCAUGAAGCAGCGCAGCCCCACAGAGGCCCCCGCGCCCUCCUCCGCCCCGCAGGCCUCGUCGCGCCUGGCCGCCGCCGCCGACGGAGGAGACCCCGGCGGGAGGCUGCUUGGAGAGGCCCUGCCCAGCCCCGGAGGCGCCGUCACCGAGGCCCCGCGCACCGUCAAGAAGAUCCAGUUUGCUGACCAAAAACAAGAAUUCAACAAGCGUCCCACGAAGAUCGGCCGCCGCUCGUUGUCCCGGUCCAUUUCUCAGUCGUCAACAGACAGUUACAGUUCCGCUGCCUCCUACACAGACAGUUCAGAUGAUGAAACCUCCCCCCGGGACAAGCAGCAGAAGAGCUCCAAAGGCAGCAGCGAUUUCUGCGUGAAGAACAUCAAGCAGGCUGAGUUUGGGCGCCGGGAAAUCGAAAUUGCUGAACAAGAGAUGCCCGCGCUUAUGGCUUUGAGGAAACGCGCUCAGGGAGAGAAGCCGCUGGCCGGAGCCAAGAUUGUGGGCUGCACACAUAUCACGGCCCAGACCGCUGUUCUCAUGGAAACCCUCGGUGCCUUGGGGGCUCAGUGCCGUUGGGCCGCCUGCAACAUCUACUCGACCCUCAAUGAAGUGGCGGCUGCCCUGGCUGAGAGCGGCUUCCCUGUCUUUGCUUGGAAGGGAGAAUCGGAGGACGACUUCUGGUGGUGCAUCGACCGCUGUGUCAACGUUGAAGGAUGGCAGCCAAAUAUGAUCUUGGACGAUGGCGGGGAUCUCACCCACUGGAUCUACAAGAAGUAUCCCAACAUGUUCAAGAAGAUCAAGGGGAUUGUAGAGGAGAGUGUUACUGGUGUCCACAGAUUAUACCAGCUAUCCAAGGCAGGCAAGCUCUGUGUCCCAGCCAUGAACGUCAACGACUCCGUCACCAAACAGAAGUUUGACAACCUCUACUGCUGCCGGGAAUCCAUUCUAGAUGGUCUUAAAAGGACAACUGACAUGAUGUUUGGAGGAAAGCAAGUGGUCAUCUGCGGCUACGGAGAGGUUGGCAAGGGCUGCUGUGCUGCUCUGAAGGCCAUGGGCUCCAUCGUGUAUGUGACAGAGAUAGACCCCAUUUGUGCCCUACAAGCCUGCAUGGACGGCUUUCGGCUUGUGAAACUGAACGAAGUCAUCCGGCAAGUUGACAUUGUCAUCACCUGUACAGGAAACAAAAAUGUAGUGACUAGAGAACAUCUCGACAGGAUGAAGAACAGUUGUAUUGUUUGUAACAUGGGACAUUCCAACACCGAGAUCGACGUGGCCAGCUUGCGCACGCCGGAGCUGACGUGGGAGAGGGUGAGGUCUCAGGUGGACCACGUCAUCUGGCCGGACGGGAAGAGGAUCGUGCUCCUGGCAGAGGGCCGCCUGCUGAACCUGAGCUGCUCCACCGUCCCCACCUUUGUGCUGUCCAUCACCGCAACCACCCAGGCCCUGGCCUUGAUAGAGCUCUACAAUGCCCCCGAGGGACGCUAUAAGCAGGAUGUCUACCUGCUUCCUAAAAAAAUGGAUGAGUACGUGGCAAGCCUUCACCUCCCGACGUUCGACGCACACCUGACGGAGCUCUCGGACGAACAGGCGAAAUACCUGGGGCUGAACAAGAACGGGCCUUUCAAACCAAACUACUACAGGUAUUAACCCCGUUUUGGCCGCAGCUGGACGGCAGGACCCCCUGCCCUUCCCGGCCUCUUUGUACAGGACAAGAAACCAGGACAAGCUUCUCGACGUAGAACCGGCUCGCUGCCGUAGUCCACCGCGCGUGUGUUAGGUCUAUUUAUUUAUUAAAACUAGAAAUGCUGUCAACGCGGCCUCUGCCACUGGUGUUUUUUGACAACUGCCACAAGGACUGUGAGAAGGACGGCUUUGUUUGUUUUUGAGGGUGGGUCCGGGGUGGGCAAAUACGCAUCGGGCGGCAGGCUUUGGCCAGUCUUGUUAUCGCUGUUGUGUCUAAUCCUAUUUACGGCAGGGAGUUUGGAGGAAGCAGACGGAGUUGGAAGCAAACCCUUAAGGGGUCUCUCGGGUUCUUUUUGGCCUCCUUUCCAAGCCGUGGCGAGAAAGCCGAACGCAGAUCCGUUCAACGCGACGCCUCUGAAGACUCCCACCUGCUUCUCUUGGCUCUGGAUACUUACUGCUGCUAUUGCUGCUUUACUCAUUGUAGGAAACUGUUAUUAAAAUGACUGUAGAAAGGAGGGAAUCCAAGCAAAAGGUGUCCCUUUGCUGCAGAGGUGGCUUUCCCAGAGCCUUGUGUCGGUCAGCGAACGUAUUGUGCCCGUUUUGCAGAUUUUGUGGGCAAACACUUAAGCCAGGCUCCUUCCUUUGCUUUCCCAAAGCUCUCCUCCGGGACGUUGCAUGUGCAUUUGAACCCGGAAUUAUAAUUUGACCAGCCAAACCUGACCUUUCAUGUGAAACAUCUCAAUGAGAACACUGUCUCUCUUUCUUGGUCCCUUUUUGGUUUACCGUCCUUCUCUUUGCAGAAUGAUUUCAGCUUUGGGCCCCAUCUAUACUGUCCUAUAAAAUCCAUAUUAUCUGCUUUGAACUGGAAUAUAUGGCAGCGUAGAACGAGCCUUAAUUUCUUGACUUUUUUGAGCAUGGUUCUUUCCACCUUGAAUUGCUGGCUUUCUUGAACACAGAUCAUUCCAAACCUUUCCACGGGGUGUUUGUCCCAUUCUAGUCCCAUCCUUGAUUGAGCUGAUUGUAAUAAUAAUAAUAAUAAUAAUAAUAAUAAUAAUAAUGAUGUGUCCAAUGUGUGAUUCAAUACAACAGCUAGCAGAGUGUCUGCUGUGGACUCAUCUUGUUGUGUUUCUAAUAAUAAUAAUAAUAAUAAUAAUAAUAAUAAUAAUAAUAAUAAUAAUAAUAAUAAUAAUUCCCGGUGGUGAUGGGUACACUGGGUGCCGUGCCAAAAGAUCUCAGCCGGCAUUUGGAAACAAUAGACAUUGACAAAAUUACGAUCUGCCAACUGCAAAAGGCCACCCGACUGGGAUCUGCGCGCAUCAUCCGAAAAUACAUCACACAGUCCUAGACACUUGGGAAGUGUUCGACUUGUGAUAUGAAAUCCAGCAUAUCUAUCUAGUUUGCUGUGUCAUAAUAAAAUAAUAAUAAUAAUAUGUCCAAUGUAUGAUUCAAUACAACAGCCAGCAGAGUGUCUGCUGUGGACUCAUCUUGUUGUGUUUCAAAUAUUAAUAAUUAUUAUUAUUAUUAAUAUUAUUUAUUUAUAUUCCGCCCUAUCUCCCCAAGGGAACUCAGGGCGGAUCACAGUACACAUACACGGCAAACAUGCAAUGCCGUUUGGACAGACAGAACAAAAUAGACAGGAAGGAGGUAUGUUGUCUCAAAGUCUAGUUUCGAUGCCUUGGAGGUUGAGUUCGGAUUCAGUCACAGGGGAGUGAUGUUGCUCCAUUCUUUGUGACAAAGAGCCAUCAGGACUUCCUCCUUCCACCUUCCUUUUGGUCGCCAGCAUUUCUGGUCUUGUUUAUUAUGGUGUGAUAAAAUACCUCCCCUGCUUAUUAGCGGUACCUAAUUUUUCUCCUUACAGCUCUAAUCUGUUUUCAAACUGCUUUGGUAAACAGUGAGCUAGGCUCACCCCGACCGGGCUUCGAACUGGCCACCUUUCUAUUGGAAGAUCUUAUUACUAUGGGUGAUUUACCAGUUGUGCUAAAGCCCAGCCCAUCAUUAUUAUUAUUAUUAUUAUUAUUAUUAUUAUUAUUAUUAUUAUUAUUAUUAUUAUUAUUAUUAUUAUUAUGACACAGCAAACAAGAUAGAUAUGCUGGAGUUCGUAUUAUUAUUAUUAUUAUUAUUGCUCAAGAUUGAGCUGACUCUUAAUCAUGUAAAUUGAUUUGUAUUAUUGUUCUGCUUCUUCGGCACGAUCCAACGGGAGCAUCUCUUAUCUGUUCCGGACAGGUUGAAUAAUACAAUCAGAAGCGUUAGAAGGGCCCCUAAAGGUCAUUUAGUCCAACCUACUGCCAUUGCUGACCACUAACAUUGUGUCCAGCCUCUAUUUUUUAAAACUCCUAUCCUUCUGAAUCCGUUUGUUCCAUUGUCCCAAUUCCUUUACAAUACAUUGAUGUUUACUGAUUAUAAUUUGGAUCCAUCGUCUCCGAUUCUCUCUCCCGGAGCAACAAAUACAGGUGUGUGUUUUGCCAUUUCCUGUCCGUUUUCAAGGUGGCACAGGAGAUGUUUCCGCUGAGAUUGUAUCCGUUGUGUCUUGAAAAGCACAGCUAGCUGUGUUUUCCUUUGAAUUUGGUGAAAUGCUGUUCAAAAAAUCAAUGAAAUAAUGUGUGAAAAUCCUUCCCGAUGGUCACAUUUGCAUUACAAGAAUCCCCUUUGCUCCAUCUUUUCAAGCACUCAUUUUAGCGGACUUUCCACUAGAUUGCUAAAAAGAUGGAUAGUUUUGAACUACAACUUCCGGAUUAUAUGGCCAGCAAUUUAGUGGGAAGCCUAAAUUAUGUGGUCUUGGAAAGCGGGGCCAAUUUUGGACUACAACUCCCAGGAUAUAUAGAAAUCUAACAGGAAGCUUGGAAAUAUAUUUUUUGAACUUUACAUAGAUGUGCAGGUUUUGGACUACAACUCCCAGAGUAUAAAAUCAGGAAUUUGCAGCAAACUAAAAGGAAGCCUGUUAAGAUCGGGGCUUUGGAAAUAUUUGUUUUGGGACUACAACUCCCAGAAUAUAUUGGCAGACUUUUUAGCAAUCUAGUGGAAAGUCUGCUAAAAUGAGUUCUUCAAACGAUGGAUAGGUUUUGGACUACAACUCCCAGAAUAUAUUAUUGGCAAUUUAGUGGAAAUCUUAUUAAAAUGUGAGCUUGGAACUUUUGAACUACAACUCCCAGGAUAUAUAGAAAUCUAACUGGAAGCUUGGAAAGAUAUUUUUUGAACUGUACAUUAUAUGUGAAGGUUUUGGACUACAACUCCCAGAGUAUAAAAUCAGGAAUUUGCAGCAAUCUAAAAGGAAGCCUGUUAAGAUCAGGGCUUUGGAAAUAUUUGUUAUGGGACUACAACAUUUUAGCAAUCUAGUGGAAAGUCUGAUGAGUACUUGGAUAGGAUUUGGACUACAACUUGGAUAGGAUUUGGACUACAACUUGGAUAGGAUUUGGACUACAACUCCCACAAUAUAUAGCCAGCAAUUUACUGGGAAGCCUAUUAAGAUUUGGGCUUGGAAAUUGGGGCAAUUUUGGACUACAACUCCCAGGAUGUAUAGACAAAAAUCUAGCAGGAAGCUUGGAAAGAUAGGGAGGUUUUGAACUAUACAUACUAUAUAUGUAGGUUUUGGACUACAACUCCCAGAGUAUAAAGUCAGGAAUUUGCAGCAAUCUAAUGGGAAGCCUGUUGAGACGAGUGCUUGGAAAUAGGAGCAGGUCUUGGACUACGACUCCCAGAAUCCCCACCCAAAAAAAUGCAGGAAACACAAACCAUUCCAACCUUGUGACCCUAAAAGUGUGAGAAUUGGGUCUUUUCUCCUAUCCGGUCACUCGCUAAACCAUGCAAUGCUUCUGUCCUCAUUUGUAAAUUUAUUUGUAAUCAUCAUUUGUUUUCUGCUUUUCCUUCUGCAAAGCCUUUUGCUCGCUCUACCUUUUUCCUCCUCCCUAAUCGAUCUGGGAUAGAUCCUUCCACCGUGAUCCCCAAUCAGUUUUUUAAAAACUAUGACAGUGUUUUGUUUUAUUAAUGUUCCGAUUUUCAGAGAUUAUUACAGUAAGGAACACAAACAAACCAAGCACAGGGCGACACCAGCAAAAAUAAAAAAGAGGGUAAAAUCAGCUGUGGGAAAAAAAUCAUAAUAAAAGGAAACGCGCGACGAAUUAUUAUUACGUUCCGAAUGUCGGAAACCAGGAAAAACCAAAACCGCAAACGGUCCAUUCUCCGAUGAAGAAGUUUUUAAAGAAAAGUAUGAGAUUAUAAUAUUUUCCACAAAAAAAAGAGGAUGUUUUAAAUAUUAAAUGUCUUUGAGUGAUUGUAUUAGAUCAGCAAUAAGGACUCUGUAAUCUCAAAAAGUACAAAUAAAAUCUUGUAAAAUCCA